UCGCGCUAAAUGUUAAAUGCCAAUUUUUAUAUUGCGAUUUUUGAAAACCAAUUUUGUUGUAUCACUUAAAGUUUUGCAAUACGGUUCAUAUACUACUAUAAUAUACCUACUUGCUAUAGUAUUUCUCUAAUAACUCGGAUCACUCAUAUAAAAAAGUACUAUACACCGUAAGAACUAUAAGCUAAAAAAUUCGUAAUUGAGUGUCUUAUAUCAACAUUUCCUGACACACUCCAUCAUUAAUUUACCAUACUACAAGUACAUUGUGCAAAAUGCACGUUAGAAUAAGAGUACCUGGAAAGCCUGACACCACAGUGCCUGUGGUUUCAAAACUGACUAAAAUAGAACAAUUUCGACGUCUUGUGAAAGAAAAAUUAAAUGUUGACCCAAGACUACAAUGUUUGUUGUAUGGAGGAAAGCUGUUGGAAGAUGGUUAUACAUUUCAUGAUUAUAAUAUCAAAUUGAAUGAUGUUAUUCAACUAAUGAUAAGGCCGGGGAAUGAUAAAGAGGAUCAAAAAGCUGCAGUGAUUGACAAAAGCAAAGUAAUUGCUUGUAAUACUGAUCAAGAAGAAACUAUUCCAUAUGAAGAUGCAAAGAGCUCAUUAUAUCUAGUUGGAGAUCUAGUAGAUAUCAGAGAUAGUGAGGAUGGAGCCUGGGUGGAGGGGAAAAUAGUAAGAAUAGUGCUAGAUCCAAAAAUAAAGUCUGAAGAAGAGAGUCAACCAGACCACAAAGAAGGAAAUCUAUUAUUCAAAGUACAGUGUGAUGAUGAUGAAGAAGAUUCAGAUUUGUAUUGUAAAGUAAAAGAAAUACGCCCCAGAGCUUGUAAAGAAAUUGAUGUCAUGGAUUUGAAAACAGGACAGGUGGUUAUGAUCAACCACAAUCCAAAUGAACCAAACGAGAAAGGACACUGGUAUGAUUUCAAAAUAGAUGAGGUGCAAAAGAAUAGAAACAAGUAUAAGCUAGUCGGAACAAUAUACUUGGGGAAAGAUGCAAUACCGCAAGAUGAUACCACCGCUCCAAUACAUGAUAAGAUUUUUGCAAUAGAAGAAGCAGUUCCGGUUAACGAGAGGACGGAUGAAUAUAAGACACUCACAAAGGAGCCACCCCCAAAACGAUCUCAAGCGUUAAAGUGCCGAAAAUGUCGCGAUGAUAAAGAAGUGAGCUGCAAGGAAUGUGGCUGCUUCUUGUGUGCAGGGAAGGAGUCACCUAACGAGAUCCUGUUGUGUGACGAGUGUGACCGAGGGUACCACAUGUCGUGCCUGAGUCCCGCGGUGACUGAGGUGCCCGCCGGUGACUGGUACUGCCCCUCCUGCCGCCGGGAUCCCAACGAGGUGGUCGCACCCGGCGCCGCCAAGCAACGCAAAAAACAGACGUCCAAAAGCGGCAGAGAUUGGGGUCGCGGGAUGGCCUGCGUCGGUAAGACCAAGACCUGCGCGAUGCCGGCAAACCACUUUGGACCGAUUCCGGGUGUUGAAGUUGGAAUGUGCUGGAGGUACAGGAUACAGGUGUCCGAGUCGGGCGUACAUCGGCCGCCGGUGUCCGGCAUCCACGGUCGCGACGUCCACGGCGCCUACAGCAUCGUGCUCUCGGGUGGGUACGAGGACGAUUACGACGCGGGCUUCGAGUUCACGUACUGCGGCAGCGGCGGCCGCGACCUGUCCGGCAACCGGCGCACGGCCGCACACUCCACGCAUCAGACACUCACCAGGGAGAACCGGGCUCUGGCGCGGAACUGCGCGGUGGAGCCCGUGUGUGAGGAUGGAGGCGACGCCGGCGAGGACUGGCGGAACGGACGACCCGUGCGAGUCGUGCGAGCCUACAAGAUGAUGAGACACUUCCCCGAGUUCGCACCGAGCGAGGGCUUCAGAUACGAUGGAAUAUACAAGGUAGUGAAAUAUUACCCGGAGGUGGGGUUGUCCGGGUUCAGGGUGUGGAAGUAUCUGCUGCGGAGAGACGACCCCAGCCCGGCGCCCUGGGAGCCAGGCGCCAAGCAGUACGCCAUCGUGUAUCCAGACGGUUUCUUGGAAGCUGAAGCUCAGAAGAAAGCUCUGAAGCUGAAGACUGCUGGCGACAAAAAGAAAAAGCGGCCGUUGAAACCGAGCACGAGCUCCAGCCCCGAGGCAUCACCGGAGCCACUCACCAAGAAACGGAAAGUUGACGAGGAAACUCAGGGUAAACCAGCAAAAAGUCCUGGCGUCAAAAUACCGGCCAUGUUCUUGAAGAGCCCAAAACUGAAGAAGGCUGAAAAUAUCAACAGCUUAAGUCCCGCAGAGAGAGAUGCCAUCAAAGCAGACACAUUAAAUUAUAAGCUGUGGGAAGAAUGUGUCGAAGUUUACGAGAAAAAAGGGAGAAAGGAGUUCGUAGAGCACGUGACGCAGCAGUUCCUGUGCAUCAUCUGCCAGGAGGUGGCGGCCGGCCCCGUCACCACCGCCUGUCUGCACAACUUCUGUUUGACAUGCCUCAAGCUUGCAUUCAAAUCAAAUGAGAGCCAACAGUGUCCGUCGUGCCGACAUGGUCUUGCCGACAUGACUCUCGCCAAAAAUGAUCACCUGACACAUGCGCUACGUACUGUGCUGCCCGGAUAUGACGUCGGCAAGAAAUAGAAUUACAUUCCACUAAGUGUUAAGUUUUUAUUAUGUGAGAAGCUGUUCAUAUAUUAUUAUAAUGUCCCUUAAUAUUGAAUUUGGACCCUUGUGUCAUAUUGUAUUAAUUAUGUUUGUUUAUUUUCUUUUUUAUAUUAAUGUUUAGGAUCAACGUUGAGUAACAGCGUGUGUACUCGAGCAGCCCGCACCGACCCACGCUUAAGCGUAUCAAGUGCAUAAGUUGUUAUACUUUAAUAAUGUUUAGUAUUAUCAAAAAGUCGUCUCGUGUCUGUAAAUAUUGAUAUUAUUGUUGAAUUGUAUAAUGUAAUGUAAUCAUGUGUAAAAGUUACAAUUACAACAUGUACCGUACAAGUAAAUGUAAUACACUAUGUGUCAGGGUUGAGCCUGAAGGUGUAUGAAAGGAGACCCAAGUGAUAGACGGGAGCGUUCAUUGUUUGUUAAACAUAAUAUCGGGAUAAGACUGAUGUGACCGGGACACAGAUAACUUCACUUUAUUAUCGUCAGCGGUUAUUGAAACUGAGUCUAACAUAGAGUUGUAUUACGUUUUAAGUAUUAUUUUAGGUUUGUUCACUGUUAUGAAUUAGUCACCGUUAUAAAGUAUGAAGUAAGUACAAGUUAUAUCGACAUUUGAAUGAAGUGUGUGCCGCUUUUAAUAAAUGAUGUUACACUAUUUCUUUUUAUUGAUAAGGGCCUUUUGUUUCAUGUUAACAUGACGUAUUUAUUAAACGUGAACAGCGCGUCUUUUUAACAUGAAUAGUCUUUAAGGUUUGUAAACAUUUUUAUUUUUUCAUAAAAUAACUGACACAAUGUAA